GAUCCCUCUUGAACAUUGUGCGCGCAUCGUCUGGGAAAGGAAGCGCGAAGCGGCGCGGAAACGAAGGACGAAGCGGUCUGCGGUGUGUCAUAUGCCAAAAGCUGUCAUGGGAAGCGAGCUCCGUGUGGAGGCAGGCCAAGAGCACCAAACCUGGAAGCCCUUACCACUACAUUGGGAGUGCUCCUCGUGGUAAGGCACAGAAGGGAAGAGGGACGCUUAGGAGCUGUUAA